GUUUACUCUCUUCUUCUCUCCUCAUCUCGUCUCGCCUCGUCACCAUGGCCGCACUCGAUCUGAUAGACCACUCUCCGCACCAGCCGGAGGCAACUCCCCCUCUGGAUAAUGCAACGAAUGUCAUUUUGAUAGACAACUUCGAUUCGUUUACUUGGAAUAUUUACCAAUACCUUGUUCUUGAAGGUGCCAGUGUGACCGUCUUCCGGAAUGAUGCAAUCACAGUUGAAGCUCUUUCUGCGCUCAAUCCAACCCAAUUGGUCAUUAGUCCUGGCCCUGGACACCCUAAAACAGACUCUGGGGUCAGUAGAGAUGCUAUCCAGUAUUUCGCUGGCAAGAUCCCCAUCCUUGGGGUCUGCAUGGGACAGCAAUGCAUGAUUGACCUCUGGGGAGGUGAUGUGAGUUACGCUGGGGAGAUCUUGCAUGGCAAAACAUCCCCGCUGCGACAUGAUACGAAAGGCGUCUACGCGGACGUCCCCCAAGAUAUUCCAGUCACCCGAUACCACUCUCUAGCAGGAACACAUCCUACUCUGCCUGAAUGCUUGGAAGUCUCAUCCUGGAUUGAGGCUGGACCUGAUGGCGGGAAAGGAAUUAUCAUGGGAGUUCGCCACAAGGAGUAUGUAGUGGAAGGCGUACAAUAUCACCCGGAAAGUAUCUUGACAGAAAAGGGUCGGCAAAUGCUCAAGAAUUUCCUCAACAUGCGAGGAGGUACCUGGGUGGAGAAUGAAACAUUUCAGGAAGAGCAUACGAGUCAAAGCAAGCAGAUUAUAAACGGAACGACCAGCGGGAAGAAGGAGAAUAUCUUAGAAAGGAUAUUUGCGCACCGCAAAGCUGUUGUCACAGCUCAGAAAAUCAUACCAUCUCAACGACCGACUGAUCUUCAAGCUGCGUACGAUCUCGACAUCGCGCCUCCCCUCGUCUCAUUUGUCGACCGACUGCGCAAGUCACCAUUUCCACUUUCUCUGAUGGCUGAGAUUAAACGAGCGUCACCGUCAAAGGGAGUCAUCUCAUUGUCAGCAUGUGCUCCAGCUCAGGCUAGAACGUAUGCAUUGGCUGGUGCAAGCGUCAUUUCCGUUCUCACCGAACCUGAAUGGUUCAAAGGAAGCAUAGAUGACCUCCGCGCUGUACGGCAGGCUCUUGAAGGAAUGCCAAAUCGACCAGCCGUGCUACGUAAGGAGUUUAUAUUCGAGGAGUACCAAAUCUUAGAGGCCAGACUUGCUGGUGCAGAUACUGUUCUGCUGAUCGUGAAGAUGCUAGACGAGCUUACUUUGACACGGCUGUACCAAUACUCUCAAUCUCUUGGUAUGGAGCCCUUGGUGGAAGUCAAUACCGCCGAGGAAAUGGCUGUGGCUGUCAAGCUUGGCUCAAAGGUCAUCGGCGUGAACAAUCGAAAUCUUACCAGCUUCGAAGUGGAUCUGGACACGACCAGCCGUCUUCUUGAUCAGGUUCCAAAAGAGACAAUCGUAUGUGCUUUGAGCGGUAUCUCGGGAGCAAAGGAUGUCGAGGCAUACCAGAAGAAUGGAGUUGGCGCAGUCCUAGUGGGCGAGGCGUUGAUGCGUGCCAGUGAUACGGCUCAGUUCAUCCGUGAACUUCUUGGAGGUUCAGAAGCAAUAUUAAAAUCAGAGCCUGGACAGCUCCUGGUCAAGAUUUGCGGAACAAGAAAAGCAGAAACUGCAGCAGAAGCGAUCAGAGCUGGUGCAGAUUUGAUUGGAAUCAUACUUGUCCCAGGCAGAGGGCGACAUGUUCUGUAUAAGGACGCUGUUGCAAUAUCCAAGGUGGUUCACGAAUCAAGGAUCACUACUGGCAGGGUAGUUAGUGACCGAAUCAGCAGGCAGGCAUCAGACUUCUUUGCGAAUGCGGCAUCGAAUAUCUCGAGUCAUCGACCAUUGCUGGUCGGCGUCUUCCAAAACCAGCCGUUGGAAGAGGUCCUAGAGCUACAGAAGGCUUAUGAGCUCGAUAUUGUUCAACUCCAUGGUAAUGAGCCCCUGGAAUGGGCGAACUCGAUUCCUGUUCCAGUGAUCCGAACUUUCAAGCCUAGCCAACCAGAACUGAGACGACGAGGCUAUCACACCGUGCCUUUACUUGAUUCUGGCAUUGGUGGAACUGGUCAGAAGAUAGAUAUGGAUGACGUUAACUCCGUUCUCGCCAAAGACCCAGAACUGAGAGUAUUGCUUGCCGGUGGGCUCAAUCCAGAGAAUGUUGCGCAUGCAGUGCGUGUUGCUGGUGAACUCGGUGAUAGAAUCAUUGGCGUUGAUGUUAGCUCAGGAGUUGAAGAAAAUGGCAUCCAGAGUGUCGCGAAGAUACAUGCAUUCAUAAAGGCUGCUAGAGGCGUUCGGUAGAGUGAAAAGCACUGAAUUUCUAAUUCCCUAGAAAGUCCUUGUGCGUUUGUUACGUGAAUUCAAG